UGUGUGUUUUAAUUCAUUCAAAGUGGUUUCAUUUUAUUUUCUUCCGUACAAAAGUUUCAUAAAUUGUCGACAAAAAUCAUGUAUGACAAAAGUCGUCUCGCGCCCGAAUUUGGAACUAAAAUCUUCGCUUAUUUCAACUUGGUCUUAGUAGCUUUGUCUUCCGUGGUCGCAUAUGGUGUUGCAAUAUUUUAUAUAUUUUUGUUUAUCGUAAUCCAAAUUUUCGACAUGAAUGCCGCAAUAUUCCUGGCCCUGUUACUGCUUGCACCUACAAUUGCAUUAAUAUUUGCUGUCAUCUUGUUUGUUGGAGUUAACAAUGAAAAGCCGAAGUUUUUACGCGCAUACAUUAUCUACGGCGUCGUGGUGAUAUUGCUUAGCACUGUUAGCUCAUUCUUGAUGACAUUUGUCCCUUCUCUAUGCUCUUUAUUGUUCGAGGACGUUUGCGCGUACCCACCGGCAUUUGCAGGAGUUUUACUCGUUUGUGUUAUAUACAGCCUCGUCCUGUUCAUGGUUGGGAAAACGUAUGGUAAAUUCAAGGAAGCGAGAAAUCAUGGAUUAAUCCAAAUUAAUCCCCCAGGGUAUCCGUGUGGACAAAAAAUCGACAUAAGUUCCCCAGGUUAUUGUAGCAGGGGAUUCAAAUGGACGGAGGGCAAAUAUUUUACACCUGAAAUAAAUCUAGAAAAAAAAGGUCCUGUCUAGAAUAUAAUCGAAAACCUCUCUAUGUGAUAUAUAGUACCUAAUAACUACUAACUAUAACUCACUAUACUUUUAGAGACAAAACUCAUUGUGCCAUAAGAUAUUUAUAUUGUAAUUUAUGCUUGUGUAAGAA